AUGAAUGUUCACCAGGAAUACGUCCGUGAUAAUAUGCCAUUAAUCGGAAUUGGAACGUGGCAAGUGACUAAGGAAGAAAUUCUGCGCGGCGUAAUUGAUGUUGGUCUCAAAGAAGGCUAUCGUUUCAUCGACACCGCCCAAGUGUACAAAAAUGAAGCAGCUAUUGGACGAAUUCUGGAGAAGCUUCUCCCACAAAAUGGGCUAAACAGAGAAGACAUUUGGAUAACUUCGAAACUUUCGCCGUUGAAUGCAGGUGCUAAAUCCGCUCGAAAAAGCAUAGAAAACUCACUGAAGAAUCUGAAGACAUCGUACCUCGAUUUGCUGCUAAUUCAUUGGCCAGGAAGCUCUUUGAAAAGUGAAAAUCCGAAGAACAAAACUUUGAGGGAAGAGAGUUGGAAAGUUAUGACUGAAAUGAUGGAAGAAGGGAAGCUGAAAGCGAUUGGAGUAUCGAAUUUUGAAAUUUGCCAUUUGGAUGAGCUCAGAAAAGUGUCGGAAGUGAUUCCAGCAGUUAAUCAAGUGGAAUAUCAUCCGCAUUUUCAUCAGGACGAUCUUGUUGAGUACUGCAGGGAGAAAGGUAUUCAUUUCCAGGCGUACAGUAGCCUUGGCAGUCCCACGUAUCGCGAGAAUCUGUCAAAAGAUCCUUUAAUUCUGGAACUCGCCGACAAGUACAACGUGGAAAUUCCGGUACUUUUGUUGGGAUUCGCCUACUGGCAAGGAAUUAGUGUACUGCCGAGAACCACCAACACGAAUCACAUUACCAGUAACUUCGCAGUUACGAAACUUGCGGUAGAGAAAAUGUAGAUUUAUAUUACAAGAUUUUCCUUCUUUUCCAGUUAUUAAAGGAAGAUAUUGACCGUCUUCUGAAGUUGAACGUGGAACACAAAACUUGUUGGGACCCGAGAGUUGUUGUAUAG